UUAAGGGUGAGUGAUUAUGGCAGUACUGGGUAGGUUUGGAAGGAACAACAAGAGCAAGAGUUAGUGACACAGUAAGUAACAAUAAGUUAGACAGGAGCAGAGUAAAGGAGAAUGACACAGGGAGUAUGGGUUAGAUUAGCGAGUAAGGAGCAGGGUAAGGUGAGGGGCAUGGGGUAAGUUGGGGAGAUGGGGAGAUGGCACAGUGUGUAUGGGGUAGGUUAGUGAAUAAGAAGCAGAGUAAGGGACAAUGGCACAGUGGGUAUGGGGUAGGUUAGGCAGUUAGCAGCAGCACAGUAAGCGAAUGAGUAGAGGUUUAGGAAGCCGGAAGCACUGGGUAAAUGUCUGGUUCCGGUAAAUGAUACUGAGGCGAACAAGGAAGCCGGACAGAACGAGUGUGUGCCGGGGGCAGUGCCAGCCCAGCUGCAGGCGGAGCAGGGAGAUCCCGCGAGAGGACGCGCGGCCCGUGUAUGGAAGAAAACAAAAGUAAAUCCCAGUGUAACCCUGCUGCUGCUGCUGCUGCUGCUGAGGAUCCAUGAUGGCGGCCGAGCCGUCGCUGGGCCGGGAUAAAGAAGCCACAGCCGCUUUGCUGAAGAGCGAGCUGAGCCGAACGGAUCAGAGCCCGGGGUUGGAGCGGCUGAAGGAAUUGCUGGAUGGGGUUCUGUGCGUGGGAGGACCCGCCGGGGAGGCCCUGGAGUGGUGCAAGUGCCUGCUGGCUGGAGGGGACAAGUUCGAGGACUUCUGUCAGGCAGUGCGCUCCUAUGACAAUGCCACCCUGUGCGGCCUGGUCUGGACGGCGAACUUCGUGGCCUAUCGGUGCCGGACGUGCGGGAUUUCCCCAUGCAUGUCCCUCUGCGCAGAGUGCUUCCACCAGGGCGAGCAUGCCGGCCACGACUUCAACAUGUUCCGCAGCCAGGCAGGGGGGGCUUGUGACUGCGGGGACAGCAAUGUCAUGAGGGAGAGCGGGUUUUGCAAAAGACAUAGAGUGCAGUCUAGCUCCUGUGUUCCCUCUGUGCCCCAGGAUUUGUUGGUUAUGUCUGAAUUGGUUAUACCUCGAUUUAUUUUUUAUCUCAUCCAGUACCUGAGAGAUGGCUAUAGUGAACCAGGAGCUGAAGCAUUGCCUGAAAAAGAUCUUCAGAAAACCCUUCAGAUGCUGGAUCCUCAGAUCUCCUUCUUGGAAGAUUUAACCAAGAUGGGUGGAGCUAUGAGAUCUGUUCUUACCCAGGUUCUAACCAACGAGCAGCUUUAUAAAGACCUUUCUUCUGGUACUGAAGAGAUUACAUGCUCUAAGAGUCAUGAGAAGUAUCUAAUAGCUCUGAAGGAAUCUGGUUUGUCAAUUCCAGAAGAGAAUGUUUCCAGUGGGGCACAUGAGCAGUCACCUGGCACAAGUACAUUAGCAGUUCAAGAGUUUGCAGGUGCAGAGGAUGUUCAGGGGCAUCCAGUAUCUUCAGAUGAGGAUGACCAGGAUGCCAGGCAAUGUGUUGGGAAAAGAAAAAGAGUGAAGCUAAGCAGUAACACCAAAGAUCAGUCUAUCAUGGAUGUGUUGAAACACAAAUGUUUUCUAGAAGAACUGUUAUUUUGGACUAUUAAGUAUGAAUUUCCUCAGAAAAUGGUCACUUUCUUACUUAAUAUGUUACCAGAUCAAGAUUAUAAGAUUUCAUUUACAAAAACAUUUGUCCAGCAUUAUGCUUUCAUUAUGAAAACAUUGAAGAAAAGCCAUGAAUCGGACACCAUGUCCAAUCGAAUCGUGCACAUCAGUGUUCAGCUAUUCAGCAAUGAGGAGCUGGCGCGUCAAGUUACAGAAGAAUGCCAGCUUCUGGACAUUAUGGUCACUGUGCUACUGUACAUGAUGGAAAGUUGCCUUAUUAAAAGUGAAUUGCAAGAUGAAGAAAACAGUUUACAUGUGGUAGUAAAUUGUGGAGAAGCUUUACUGAAAAACAAUACCUACUGGCCCCUUGUUAGUGAUUUUAUUAAUAUCCUCUCGCACCAAAGUGUAGCUAAGAAAUUCCUGGAGGAUCAUGGACUAUUAGUUACUUGGAUGAAUUUUGUAUCAUUCUUUCAAGGUAUGAAUUUAAACAAGAGAGAGCUCAAUGAACAUGUAGAAUUUGAAUCCCAGACAUAUUAUGCUGCAUUUGCUGCUGAACUUGAAGCCUGUGCCCAGCCUAUGUGGGGACUUUUAUCUCACUGCAAAGUUCCAGAGACCCAAGAAUACACACGAAAUGUUGUACGAUAUUGCACUGAAGCUCUUCAGGACUGGUUCGAUGCUAUCAAUUUUGUAGAUGAGCCUGCUCCAAAUCAGGUCACAUUUCACUUGCCUCUCCAUCGAUACUAUGCUAUGUUUCUAAGCAAGGCUAUAAAAUGCCAAGAAAUAGAUUUAGAUUCUAUUUUGCCCGACCAGGAGAUGCUGAUGAAACUUAUGGUUCACCCACUACUAAUUCAAGCGAGUUUGUCCGAAAUACACAGCAACAUGUGGGUUCGAAAUGGUCUCCAGAUUAAAGGACAGGCUAUGACAUACGUGCAGUCACAUUUUUGCAAUUCCAUGAUUGACCCAGAUAUCUAUCUACUACAGGUCUGUGCUUCAAAACUUGACCCAGACUACUUUAUUUCAUCAGUCUUUGAAAGAUUUAAAGUGGUAGAUCUAUUAACAAUGGCAUCUCAGCACCAAAACACAGUGCUUGAAGCUGAUCAUGAGCGGUCAAUGCUUGAGGGAGCUUUGACAUUUCUUGUCAUUCUUUUAAGUCUACGCAUGCAUUUAGGAAUGUCGGAUGAUGAGAUUCUCCGUGCAGAGAUGAUAGCCCAGCUCUGUAUGAAUGACCGCACGCACAGCUCGCUCCUUGACCUUAUUCCAGAAAGCCCAAACCCUAAAAGUGGUAUAAUGCCAGGGACUUGCAGCUUUGAAUCCGUGCUGUCUGCAGUUGCUGACUUUAAGGCACCUGUGUUUGAGCCUGGAGGCUCAAUGCAACAAGGAAUGUAUACGCCAAAGGGUGACAUCUGGGAUCAGGAAUUUGACCCUGUAAUGGUGAUUCUGAGGACAGUUUACAGGAGAGAUGUACAGUCUGCCAUGGACAGAUACACAGCGUUUUUAAAGCAGACUGGGAGGUUUUCUGGAAACCCUUGGCCGCCUUACAAGAAAAGGAGCCCUCUGCACCACAGCUAUAAAGGCCUUAUGAGACUACUGCACUGCAAAACAUUACACAUUGUGCUGUUUACACUGCUUUAUAAGAUUCUGAUGGAUCAUCAGAAUAUGUCGGAACAUGUUCUUUGUAUGGUUUUGUAUCUUAUAGAACUUGGGCUGGAAAAUUGUCCUGAGGAUGAACCUUAUGAGGAGAAUUUUGCCGGGCCAGAUCGUUGCCACGAUAGCUGGUUUCCUGGAAGUAACCUACUGUGCAACAUGCGCCACUUUAUUAACUACGUCAGAGUGCGAGUACCAGAAACCGCUCCAGAGGCGAGGAAGGAGCCACCAGCAAGCACUAGCACUGACGGACCCUCAUUGACACAUAGUGCAAGACGACCAUCUCUGCUCCAGAGGGAGAAUUCAGGAACAGCUCAGGUUUUCAGUUUGGUAGCAGAGCGUCGGAAGAAGUUCCAGGAGAUAAUUAACCGUAAUAACAGUGAAGCCAAUCAAGUUGUGCGUCCCAAAUCUACAGCUCUGAAGUGGACUGCACCUGGUGCGACUCCUCAGUUGACAACGGUCAUAUUAGAGGUGAAAGAGAGCAUGUUAUCCCUGCUUAUUAAACUGCACAAGAAACUCUCAGGAAAGCAGGAUUCCUAUUGCCCCCCCUGGUUGGAUGAUCCAGAAUGCCUUGCUCAGCCAGACUUACCUAGGUAUUGCCAUGGCGAUGGUGUAACCGCUGUAGAACGGAUUCUACUAAAAGCAGCGUCGCAAAGUCGUCUGAACAGGCAAAGUAUUGAUGAGAUAUGUAAGAAAUCUGCUCCGCCUGUGCCACCCAAGAAAUCUAGUCCUGCUGACAAGAAGACUUUGGGCAAAGAAGAAAGACGGCAGAAAGCAAGGGAGAGGCAACAGAAAUUGCUCGCAGAAUUCGCCUCAAGGCAAAAAAGCUUCAUGGAAACAGCAAUGGAUGUUGAAUCACCUGAAACUGAUGUUGCAAUGGAGAUUGCUGCAGCUGAGCAGCAAGUGUCAGAACCAAUAUAUGAUUGUGUUAUAUGUGGACAAAGUGGCCCUUCUACAGUGGAUCGCCCUCUGGGGCUUGUUGUUCUGCUUCAGGCAUCUUCUGUUCUGGGGCAUCGGCGUAAGAGCACAGAGCCAAAGAAACUACCAACCACAGAAGAGGAGCAAAUAUACCAAGAGGGCACAUGUUCAGCAGCUAAUGAUGUCAAACUUGCAAUAUUACAGAGAUACUUUAAAGAUAGCUCCUGUCUUCAAUCAGUAUCAGUCGGUUGGGAAGGCGGAGUCUAUGUUCAAACCUGUGGCCAUACUCUGCAUAUUGACUGCCAUAAAUCUUAUAUGGAAUCCUUACGUAAUGACCAGGUUUUGCAAGGCUUUUCUGUAGAAAAAGGGGAAUUCACAUGCCCACUGUGCAGGCAGUUUGCAAACAGCGUCCUUCCUUGCUUUCCAGGAAACAGUGCAGGGAGGGGGUCCUGGCACAGCCAUGCAGCGAGCAGCAAAAGCCUGCAGGAGCUCAUCAAAGAGGUGGAAGAUCUUCAGGAGCAGCUGGGUAUUUUCCCAGUAAGCAUCAGUUCGGAAACAAAUUUAAGCAAGGAAAUGGAGGCUGUUAUGAAGGAUAUUAAAAGCACUACGCAGAAGAAAUAUACAGACUAUAGCAAGACUCCAGGAUCCCCAGACAAUGACUUUCUCUUCAUGUAUUCAGUGGCAAGAACUAAUCUGGAACUGGAGCUUAUACAUUGUGGUGACAAUCUUUGCUCCGGAGGGGCCAGUGCUGCAGGGAAACGAUCAUGUUUAACUCAGCUAUUUCAUGUUUUAGCUAUGCACAUGCGGUUAUACAGCAUCGAUCCCGAAUAUAACCCCUGGAAAAAGUUAACCCAAGUCAUACAGAAAACACCUUCCCUGGGAAGCAAUGAGGAGAGGGAAGAGGUCCCAAUACUUUUCCGAGAUGUCACCUCUCUUCUGCUCAUUCAGGUUCUAACAAUGCCCCAGCCGUUGUGCAAAGAACAUUUUGUUUGCAUUGUGAAAGUCCUCUACACGUUGCUGUACACUCAAGCAAUCACCUCCCUCUCAGUUAAACUCCAGGCAGAGGAACGCAAAGUUUGGAGGGAAUCCGGAUCCAUCAAGAAGAGUUCAUAUUCUUCUGGACAACCUUGGGAAGCUUUGCUUGGGUUCGUGAUUAGUGAAUUAUCAAGAGGGCAAAUGUACCAAAAUGAAGAGACUGACAGUAUAAACAUGAGCAACGUCACACCUUGGUAUGAAGAGUCCAUUGAACAUUAUUUACAACAGUUUUGCUUACCUUUCCUCAGGAUUACAGGCUUUCUCCAGCAUCACCUUUUUGGCUUAGAUUUACCAAGCUGCCAGGAAGAAGAUGAAUUUACUGUCCUUUCCAACUGUUUGGGACUUUUGACAUCGUUCCAUGAAGCAUCACAGCAGUUUGUCAGUGCCUCUUGCCUUGACUGGCCAGUAUCGGCAUUUGAUUUAAUAUCUCAGUGGUGUUCAGAAAUCAUUUUGUUUUCAGACAAGCACCCAGACCAAGCUAACGUUUUGCUCAUUCAAGAUACCAAGUGGGACUUACCACGCCUCCUUCAGUUGCCAGAAAACUACAAUACAAUAUUUCAAUAUUAUCAUAGAAAGUGCUGCAGUGUCUGUACAAAGGUUCCCAAGGAUCCCGCACUUUGCUUAGUUUGUGGCACAUUUGUUUGCUUAAAGGGCCUUUGCUGCAAACAACAGAGUUACUGUGAAUGUGUAAUGCACUCCCAAACCUGUGGAGCUGGCACUGGAAUUUUCCUCUUGAUCAACGCUUCUGUCAUCAUUAUUAUUCGAGGCCAUCGCUUCUGCCUUUGGGGCUCUGUAUAUCUCGAUGCACAUGGGGAAGAAGACCGAGACCUUAGGCGUGGGAAGCCUCUGUACAUCUGUAAGGAACGGUACAGCAUGCUGGAGCAGCAAUGGGUCUCACACACAUUUGAUCACAUCAACAAGAGAUGGGGGCCGCAUUACAAUGGCUUGUGAAAGUCUGAAGGGUCUCUCUUCAUCAUUGCAACUCAAAGGAGAGGAGAUGCCAAGAGGAAUAGCAGCUCUUAUAGACUGGCAAGCAGGCACUGUGCCAUUAGGUGCUAUUGGACUAAUGACAGUCAACCCCCGCCCCCCCCCCCCCCCCCCCGUCACUUAAAGUGUAAGGUAUAAAUGAGGAAAAAUACAUUCUAAUUUAUUUAAAAAAAUAUGUCUGGGGGAAAAAAAGUGAUAAAAAGCACAAAAAACAAUGAAUGUUCAGUGCUAAUGCUUCUAGGAUUGUGCAGUUUUUGUUUUAUUUUCAAUAUUAGCAUUAAAAGUCCAGUCCCACGUAUUCACUGUGUUAUUUUAUAGAUUCACAACUUCUGAACAAAUGAUAAGAUUUACUCCUCCUGGCCAGGUAGAGAUUUGCCCACAAGCC